AUGCCUUUUUUCACAAGAGUUCGUGUUCAAAGAGUUGCUUUGCUAGCAACCGUUUUAGGUGGUAUUUACUUUACAGAUCAUAAAUUUAAUGCAAGAACUUUACAAAGAAAUACAUUAACAGUGUGGAAUGGACCUGGUAAAAGUGACAAAAUAGAUGAUUUACAUGAACGAGUUGCAAACAGAAUACUAAAUGUUUGUAGAUCUAAUGGUGGCUUAUAUAUAAAAUUAGGUCAAUCAAUAGGAGUACAGUCUUCAAUAUUGCCGUUGGCAUAUCAAAAAGCAUUCAAAUCCUUAUAUGAUGAUGCUCCAGCAGUAGAUUUUAAUCAAGUGAUUAAGGUAUUUGAAGAAGACUUUUGUUGUCAUCCAGACGAUAUGUUUGACAAUUUUGAGCGCACUGCUAUUGCAUCAGCCAGUGUUGCACAAGUUCAUCGCGCUAAACUUAAAGAUGGUACACUAGUUGCAGUGAAAAUUCAAAAGCCGGACAUUAGAAAACAAAUGGAUUGGGAUUUAUUAGCUUAUAAAGCAUUAAUGUAUAUGUACGAGUAUAUUUUCGAUCUUCCUCUUACAUGGUCAUCAUCAUUUACUGUGAAACAUAUAAGGCAAGAAGGUAAAUUCAAAGAAGGAAGGGCUAUUGAAUUUGCCAAAGAUUUUAUUAAGCUUCUUACGAGUCGGCUUGCAAGCUUAUUAAUCGACUUUGAAAACGAGGGAAGAAAUGCUGAAAAGGCGCGACAGAAUUUUGAAAAAGAAAGCUCAUUGUGUGAUAAAGCCUAUGUUCCUACAGUUUUUUGGGAUUAUACAAGUAAAAGAAUACUAACUGCUGAGUGGAUAAAUGGAGUUAAAGUCACAGAUAUAAAAGGAUUAGAAAGUUAUGGUUUUUCAUUAAAAGAUGUUAUGAAAACCGUUAUAGAUGUUUUUUCUUUCCAAAUAUUUCAAAGAUUUGUACAUGCUGAUCCUCAUCCAGGAAAUGUUUUUGUGAGGCCACAUCCUUUAAAAGGUGGCAAAAAUUAUCAAAUAGUAUUGAUUGAUCAUGGCUUAUAUGUGGAAGAAUCUGCAUCAUUUAGACAGCAAUAUUGCUUAUUUUGGAAAUCGUUAUUUCUGAUGGAUACUGAUGCUAUAAAUCAAAUAUGUAAAAACUGGGGAAUUAAUGAGCCUGAAAUUUUUGCAAGUGCAACGUUGAUGAAGCCUUAUCAAGCCAACAUAGCUUUACAUAUUACUUCCACGCAAGCUGUUACUUUACAAGAUGCAUAUGAGAUGCAAAUGGCAGUAAAAGAAAGGAUAAAACAGUUCCUUUCAGACACAGAACUUAUUCCAAGAGAAUUGAUUUUUGUUGGAAGAAAUAUGAAUAUAGUAAGAUCAUUGAAUCGAGAGCUUGGUAGUCCUGUUAACCGUAUAAAUAUUAUGGGAGAAUGGGCGGCUAAAGGUCUUGGUCCCAAGUGGUCAGUUUGGAAUGGUACUAAUAGAAAAUUGGGGUUUUCAGGAAAUUUAUCAUUUAUAUUGGGACAAUUUAGCUUUUUAAUAAGUAGCAGAUUUAAUUAUUGGUUGUUUAAAGGAGCUUUAUUUUUAAUAUCAUUAAGGUUUUAUUUUAAUAAAACUAAAGAGACAAUUAUUAAAUGGAUUAAAAGUGAUAGUAAAACUAAAGGUUUUGAGGAAAUUUUGGAUGAUCAAAUGAAAAGAUCAUUGGAACAAAAUUUCGGCGUUGUUUUGGAUGAAAGAAUUUUUGAGGGAUGA